UCCUCCUUCGCCGCUCUGCCCGCAGCGGCCGGGGCAGCCGCGCCGUCCCAGCGCGGGGCUGCGCAGCGGCUGCGGCCCGGCCCGGCCCGGCCCGGCGCGGCGCGGCGGGGCGGCUCCCAUGCGGCGGGGCCCGCGGGGCCCCCGGGCGGCGCCCCCGGCAUGGCGCAGCUCUCCGUCAGCGAGCACCUCGACGGCAUCCUCUCCGACUUCGAGGCGCUGCAGAAGUCGUUCGAGGCGGAGGAUGGGGCCGAGGCACCCCACUCGCCGCCCCGCUUGCCGCCCCACAGCCCCGGUCCCCCGGCCCGCCGCGGCAGCAGCCGCUCCCUCGACGGCAGCGUCCGGCCCAACGGCACCGCCGGCCUCGGCCGCGUCGCCUCCUUCCAGCGGAGCCUCCCCGCCGCCCCGGCGCCCGCCGGCCCCGGCCUGACGCAGGCCUCGUGCCCCGGUGGCCCCCGCGCCCCGGCGGAGCGGCCCGGCCCGCUGCCGCCACCUGCCCUGCACAUCGCCGAGGAGCCGAGCGCCCCGGUGCCGCCCCACGCGCCGCUCCGCCUCGCCGCCGGCCCCGGCCCGGCCCGCUGGCCCCCGCGGCCGCCCCGGCACGACGAGGCCGCCCCGGCGCCCCGCGCCGCCCCCUUCAAGCUGGUGUCUCAGCCGCAGACGGUGCAAGUGAGCUCGCAGCCCGCCUUUCUCGGGGGGCCGCCGCCGCCCCGGGAGCCCCGCGGCACCGAGGCCCCUGCACCAGCCUUGUCGGAGAUGCCGUGCAGCCCUGCACCCCGGCACGGGAGCAGCCUGGAGCCCGGCAUGGAGCCGCCGGCGGCAGCGCCCGAGGGGCCGCCCCCCGCCGCUGAGCCCGAGCAGGGGGGCCGCGAGCUCUUCGGCUACGUGGGCAUCGAGGCCGUGCUCGACCAGAUGAGAAUCAAGACCAUGAAGACGGGCUUCGAGUUCAACAUCAUGGUCGUAGGGCAGAGCGGCCUGGGCAAGUCCACCAUGGUCAACACCCUCUUCAAGUCCAAGGUGAGCCGCAGAGCCACGCAGCCCGGCCGUGAGGAGCGCAUCCCCAAGACGGUGCAGCUGCAGUCCGUCACCCACGUCAUCGAGGAGAAGGGCGUGAAGAUGAAGCUGACGGUGACGGACACGCCGGGAUUCGGUGAUCAGAUCAACAACGAGAACUGCUGGGACCCCAUCAUCAAGUACAUCAACGAGCAGUACGAGCGGUACCUGCGCGAGGAGAUCCUCAUCACCCGCAAGAGGAAGAUCCCGGACACCAGGGUGCACGGCUGCGUGUACUUCGUCCCCCCCACCGGACACUGGCUGCGGCCCCUCGACCUGGAGUUCAUGCGGCGGCUCAGCAAGAUCGUCAACGUGGUGCCCGUGAUCGCCAAGGCCGACACGCUCACCCUGGAGGAGCGGGCUGAGUUCAAGCAACGGAUCCAGAGGGACCUGAAGGCCCACGCCAUCAGCGUGUACCCGCAGGAGGACUUCGACGAGGACCCGGAUGACAGGUCCCUGAACGACAGGAUUCGGGAGAAGAUCCCGUUCGCCGUGGUGGGGGCGGACCAGGAGCACCAGGUGAACGGCAAGCGGGUGCUGGGCCGCAAGACCAAGUGGGGCAUCAUCGAAGUGGAGAACCCGGUGCACUGCGAGUUCCCCAUGCUGCGGGACCUGCUCAUCCGGUCCCACCUGCAGGAUCUCAAGGACAUCACCCACAACGUGCAUUACGAGAGCUACCGCGUGCGGCGGCUGAACGAGGGCACCCGCCAGGCGCUGGGCCCCGUCAACGGGCUGCUGGGCAAGGACGAGGACGAGAGCAACCUCUGAGCCGCCGGGCGGGCGCUGCCGCGGAGGACGGGCGGCAGCGGGCAGCAGAGCCGCGUCCCGCCGAAAGCCGCCGCCUGGACAGAGCCGGCCCCCCCGUCCCCCAGCCCGGGCGCCCCGCCAGGGACUGUGCCUCGCGCCUUCGCCCCACACGGGCAGGGGACACGGGCCCCGAGCCCGCCUGCACCGGCCUCCCUCUGCCCUGGCCUCCUGCGUCCCCAGGGGGUAGGGGAGCCCCGGGGGGGGCGUGCGGGUAAGCAAGAAAUGGGGACCUUUCUCUGGCUCUCGGGGGGUACCGCGCUGCCCCAAGCCCACGCGGGUUUGGGGAGGGGACGCGGGCAGGGCGAGCGGUGCGGGGGCCAGGCUGCGCUGGGCCGGGCCCCGGGCGCUGGGGGGGCUCUGUCCCCAGGCUGCCCCGGCCUCGGUGCCCGAGCUUCGCCGUGGGUUCACGCGCCCCUGGAGCCUGCUCGCAUUAAAGAUCUACCUGGA